GAGCUGCCGGUUGGCCGGCACUGUAACGCCUUGACGCGGGCUCGCCUGCGCUUUUAUCCUUCGGCAUCUACCCCUCUCGGGAUUGCUGCCCGUCUCGGGCUUCGUGGUCUCUGCGCCCGGGGUCCACGUGCUCUGCGGGAGGGAGCGGAUCUCACCUCUGCGGGGGCAAGCGGGAGGCGGGGGCAGCGACGCGGGCGAGAGCUGAACGGUCGGAGGUGUUUGAGUGGUAGUGGUAACGGUAAUGACAGUUAGAAACAUCUGAAGAGAUUUCCUGGAUGUGGGGUGUAAUUUUUCAAAGCCACCUUUGCACUGUGCAGUUUGUUGAAAAAAUGUUUGGGAGAUUGACUCUUCCACAACUGCUUUUUGCUAGCAUCCUUGGAAUUGCUGGAGGAAUAUAUAUUUAUCAACCAAUAUUUGAACAGUAUUCCAGAGAUCGGAAGGAACUAAAAGAAAAGUUGAAAUUGGCACAAGAAUCAGAAGAGAAGAAAAGUUAGUACUACAUGGAGUUGAACUGUAAUUGCUCAAAGUUCCAUUGAAAUUAUACAUUCACUAUAAAUAAUCUAGUAAAAACUUUGGAAAUAUAUUUUAAACAUAAAUAAAUCAUAGGUGAUGAUUUUAAAUGAUUUUUAAAACUAGCACUCUUCAAUUUUAAUGUUUACUUUUAUUUGCCAUUUUAUAUCUUUUCGCCGGGACAGAUUGGUAAUUUUUUUUAAGCAAAAACGAAUGUCUUCAGGAAUAUUUUGUUUCCUGGUCGAGGUUUAUUUUUCUGGGAAUGCAGCAUAUACAGUGUCAUGGGGUGACAGUCUAGACUGUAUUUAUAAAAUAGCUGGGAAGAGUGUUUACAGUAGUGUUUGUGGAUGAAGUGAACUAAGUGAACCACCUCAGACAGAAUGCCCCUCAAUUAGCUUACACUUAGUCUGAUUUAAUAUACUUUAGCAGUCUUUCAGCCCCAGCUCUAUCUUAUCCCAGGCAUUGUGGAGGCGUAAAUGGAGAAUUGGGGUGGCUCAGAUCAAAUUGAGGUUUUAGAGAAGAUAGUGUAUAUAGGGUGGCAAAUAUGACAUCUAUUUAACCCAUUAAGUAGAUUUGCAUUAAUAAUGGUGGUAAGGGAGGGGUUAAUUUGUUAUGAAGCUGUUACUCAUAUAGUGAAAGGGUUUUUUGCAAUUGCUAAGAACCCAUACUACUUUUUACCCUAACAAUCUUAAGCUUGUAUUUUCAAUGACAGCUUUACGUGUAAUCACAUAUGUAUAAAGUGCUUUAUUUAAAUCAA